AUGGCGAGCGACCCGUUGGAGCCGUCUAUUAGCAACAUUCUCGAGCAGAAAACCCUCAAAUGGAUUUUCGUCGGCGGAAAAGGCGGAGUUGGCAAAACCACUUGCAGGUAGAAUAUGUCGAACUUCUUUUCCAAUAUUUAUGGGACUUUUUUUGUAAUUAGGCUUUAAAUCUCCGGUUUAUGCAGCUCAUUCAAAAAAUCUGAUUUUGGCACAAUAAGGCCCCAAUGGAAAAUUCUGAUUAAAGAAAAAAAAUGAUUUAGUCAACAUCAGACAGUAUUAUUAUGAAACGACACGAUUUCUCUAAAAGUUUGCUCGUAAAAGUUUCUUAAAAAUUUGCCCAAGACUCUUCUAUUUUUGUGAAGAUGGAUAGAAUAGAAGUAUGCGCAGGUCGCAAACUUAUUUCAUGCAAGAGUGUUAAACGAAUUUUCUUAAUGAUUCGAUUCUUGAACUAAAGUGAUUGAUUUCAUCAGAAACAGUUCAAAUAUUCAGCUGCUCAAUCGCCUCGCAACUGGCCAAAGUUCGCGACCGCGUACUUCUCAUUUCGACGGACCCCGCCCAUAACAUCUCCGAUGCUUUUGCCCAAAAAUUCACCAAAUCGCCGACCCUCGUCAACGGGUUCGAAAACCUCUUUGCCAUGGUGAGCGAUGCUUCUUUUUCCGAAUCAAGACUCAAGAAAAUAAGAAAAAAGGAAUAUCUCAUUAAUUUCCGUAUAGGAAAUCGAUUCGAAUCCAGCAACCGACUCAACGGACUUUGCCGACCUGGAAACGAUGUUCCAAAACGCAGCCAACGGAUCCGGGACCGACGGUCUUUCCAUGGGCCGCGACUUUUUGCAGCAAUUUGCCGGCGGCCUUCCUGGCAUUGACGAGGCCAUGAGCUUCAGCGAAAUGAUGAAGUUGGUCUUUUUGGUGUGGUUUAUGAGUCUUUUCUUUAUUAGAGUUUGCCUGAAGAAACUCAGUGACUGA